AUGGCAUCUUCACCUCCAAUCAAGAAAGUCUGCCUCAUCGGCGCCAACGGAACAGUAGGUUCCGUCAUAACCAGGGAGCUUGUCCAAGCCGGUUGCUUUGCUGUUUCCAUUCUCCGCCGCACCAAUUCAUCCUCCGCCUCGCGAGCUGGUGUCACCGAGAUACCCAUUUCCCCCGCCCUUGACGUCCAAGAGCUUACCAGGGCCCUCUCGGGACAAGAUGCCGUCGUCGCUGCCUUCCCGCUAAAGGACGUCUCGGAGCACCUUCGGCUCGUGGAGGCGGCCUUCCACGCCGGCGUCCGUCGCUAUAUCCCGGCAGACUAUGGCAGCUGCGAUGCCGCCAGUCCCCAGGCACAACACCAUUUGAAGCUGUACCGCGACAAGACCGCCGUGCGCGUAAGGUGCGAAGAGCUUGCUCGGAUGGCAGCCGAGGACCAGACUGGCGCGCGUCCAUUCACAUGGACCUCCAUCAUCUGCGGCCAUUUUUUCGACUACGGCCUUCGAAGUGGCUUGCUUCAUUUCAACCUUGACUCCGAAAAGGCCCAAAUCCUGGACGCCGGUGAUAUCAAGGCCUCGGCCUCUACUCUUCGUCGUGUCGGCGAGUCGGUCGUUCGCGUUCUGCAGCGUCACGAAGCUACCCGUAACCGCGCCGUCUACGUCCAGAGCUUCUGCACGACGCAGCUCGAAAUCCUGGCAUCACUCGAGCGCGCCACGGGCAACAGGUGGCACACCCAGCACUUGGACUCGAAUGCUUUCCUGGAACGCGAAAGCAAGCGCCUGGAAGCGGGUGAUGAGGAAGCUACCGAGGAGAUUGUAUUCGUUUUAGGUACUGUUGACGCCGACUGGACACGCAAGGACGGAUUUGCCAUGGAGCUGCUGGGUCUGCAAGAUGAGAACCUUGACCAGGUGAUUCGCGAGGUGGUGGCAGCUCACAAAGCAAAAGCGUGA